AUGGACCCGCAUGGAUUCGACGUCAGCACUUCAAGUCCCAACAAAAACUGGACGCUCGUUACGGAGAAAAUCACAACGGUAAGAUCAGAUGGGUCACGUGAUCCAUACUGCACUGUCAUGAUGGAAGUCAGCAACGGAAAAUCUCCAGGCCCCUCUGAUGUGAUGUAAUUAAGGGGGUCCUGCCUGUGCAGGCCACGUUGACAGCUCAGAAGUGCACAUGACACAAGUGGACCCGCUUUCGAUUUCGGUUUAAAAUGCAGAUCAAUUUAUGCUUGAGCGAUGAAUGAACAGAGAAAUGACUAACGCCCUCUUACAGUAGUACAGACUGGUAUCCUUUUUGAACAGCCAGAUUCCAAAAUAGGCACCAAUCAGUAACAGUUCGCAGAUGGAUCAAGAAUUUAUGAUGUCGUCAGAAGUUUUGGCACUAUUCCCCUGUUAAAUGUUAUCCGGGACAUGGCCUUGGCGCACGCGCGUGCACUUCGCACCAGGGUUGGCAACAUCAACUGACAUUUGACUCGACUGAGUAAUUCUUAACACUGCCCUCUGAGGAGUGGUGGUUGCCCAGCUAGAUGUCGCCAUGAGCACUGAUUUUGGACACUUCGUGUUGUCGGUCGCCUCACACAAAGAAAUAAAACAAUUGUAACGACAAGAUAACAAGGAUCUAGUGAAGGCCCCCAAGUAUGCGUACAAAGAAUGUCUACUAUACGUGUUUUAGUAGGUCGUUUUGUAUUUGAUACUCUCCUGGACAUGGUCGUUCAUCGUUGACUCAUUCACAUCAACUGACUUUCCGUUGCAUAGCCGACCAUGAACAUAGCUCAGAGAGUUGAGAAACGGCGAUCGCGCCUUAUUCAUUUAUCGCGGAUCAGGUCCUUCGCUUUAGCAUUAUCUCCCACUGGCUGUGUUGCGGCAUUAAGGGCAACAUCGUCUGAACUGGGUCGUUCAUCGUAGACUCAUGCACAUUCGAUUGGGAAGCUAUCAUCUGACUUCACGUUACAUAACAAACCAUGACCUUAGCUCAGAGAGCAGAGUAUUGACCGCUGCACUUCGCUGCUUCAUCGUGGAUCUCACCCGCCAUUGGCUGUGCUGUGAUACCCCAGGCAAGAACCUAUUGAAUGGGUCGUUCAUCGUAGACCUCAGUUCAUACCAUUGGGAGGCUGGCGGUAUGCUUCCCCUUAUAUAAGCUGCCAUGAUCUUAGCUUAGAAAGUUGGCAAGCGAUCGCGUAACUUUGCUUCCCCAUUGAGGACGUUGCAGCUCACCUUAGCAAUAUUUAACACAGCAUCCUUUCGAAUGGGUCGUUCAUUGCAGACUCCAGUUCAUGAAAUUGCGAAGCCGUCGGCCUUAGCAUUAUCUACCACUACACGAUCCAUUCUGAGAGUACGAUCCAGCAUAGUUCUGUUGCGAUCACAUAGCAUCGUUAUUCCAGAACAUAUAUGACUGCUUAUGAUAUAAAUGACGACAAAACUAUCCUUAUUUUGUGUUCCCAAAACCUUAGGUAAAACAAGACAGAUGACUUCAAAGUAGUUUAUAUAAUACAGUUUACUUACACUUAUGUCACUUUCCUCAACGCUUGCCUUCUUUUACACUGGGUAUGAUUCUGCUACGUGGGACAGAAAGACUUCCCAUGCUUCCAUCAGUCCCAUUGUAUUUCGGCCAAACCAUAGGCGGCAUUGCACUUCAUCAAUAUGGGCCUAUAAGCCCCGGCCAGAUACCGGCCCGGCUUCAUGGAGCUUCCUUUUCAAUCUGCUCCAAUAUGCCUCGAUGACGUUCGUGUGCUCGUAUGGUCGGGUCCCUAAAGUGCUUUGAGUGGUUAACUGAGUAAUGCUGAUAUCCUUUCGCUGGGAGGCGACUGGACGCCUUCCACUCAUCAGUAACAAUAAUGCUAUCAGAUAAGACGUCCACAUAAGCAUCAUAUAGGAAAGAGGGAGACGAAAUGUUAACAACAAAUCACAGUCAGUAGUAACUUGAGGCGUGAGAUUACCAUGACAACUGCAGAUUGAUUACGUGAUCUAACUGCUUGCACAGGUCUGGUUUCUCCCUCCGUAUGUAAGCUGCUUCCAAAUAACGCAAAGUUCGAGUUGUAUGCGCUCGGACAAGUACUCGAAAAGAUGCUUUAGGGUCGACAACAUGACCGCUAUCUAACAGGUGCUUCGUUAUAGACGAACGGGGCGUUUUGUUUUCCUGUUUGAAAAGCCAAUUAGGCAAAUGCUCAGCGGCCCUGGUUGCCAAUUGCCUUUGCGUUCGCCCAAUAUACUUGCAUCCGCAAGUGCAUGUGAAUUCAUACACACAAUUUGGGGUGGCGUGCAUUGGCAAGGCAUCCUUUGCCCGGUUAAUUUGAAGGCUUUUUGUGGAACUGAUGAAGAUAAGCUCUGCUGCGUUGUACAUUCUUUCUCUGGUGUGAUGCAAGCGUCGCUUGAUUGUGUUUGAGACAUUGUCACCCUUAAAAGGUAGACAUAUUAUAACGGGCUUCUUCGAAACGGACUGUUCCGUCAACUUUGGCCGUAAAUGGUUGCUGUACUUCUGAAUGAAGCGUGCAGGAUAACUACGAUUAAGUAAGGCUUCUUUGAUUCGGGCAGUUUCUGUAUCUAUGGUCUCCCUGGAGCAAAUAUUUCUCGCUCUUUGAAAAAGAGCAUGUACUAGAUUGCGUUUCCAUUGUAUUGGCGCAAAGCUUUUAAAAUGUAAGUAUUGCCCUUUCCACGUAAUCUUGUGAAAGACGGAGCGUCUUAUUGAACCAUCAUCCUCUCUAAACAUGAGGAUGUCCAGGAAGGGUAACUUGUUAAACUGCUCCAUUUCCAUCGUAAAUUUGAUUUUCGGAUGCAGAUUAUUCAUCAGGCAAAGUAUGUCGGAGGCGUCUUCCUUGUUGUCAACAAUCGUGAAUAUAUCAUCCACGUAUCUCCUGUAUAAUGUUGUCAUGUUUAAUCUUGAUGAGACCUUUUCUUCUAGGUAACCCAUAAAAACAUCGGCGAGGAUUGGCCCAAGUGGACUGCCCAUUGCGACUCCGUCAAUUUGCCUGUAAAGUUCCCUAUUAAACAGAAGUUGAACAGCUUUGGUGCAAAGUACCAGCAGAUCCCUUAGUAUUUCGGGGAAGAGUCGGGUUUUGGACGCAUGGACGCAUAUAACAUCUAUUGUUUCAUCCAAUGGUACAUUGGUAAAUAAGGAUUCCACGUCUAAUGAGAUCAUACACUUGUCGGCGAUGUUCUGGUCCUUGAUUUCUUCAAUGAAAUGAAGACUGUCUUCUAUCGUGUAGGUGGAGAAAAAUUGUCGAAUUGGUUCCAGCGCUUCGACAAGCCCUUUUGCUAGUCUGUGUGUAGGUGAAUUAGACAUAGAAAGAAUUGGCCGUAAAGGUGUGUCCUUUUUAUGCGUUUUUGGCAGACCAUAUAGUCUGGGAAUAUGCGUGCCUCUCGGUUUUAGGAGUAGUGCGGUUUUAGUAUCGAUCAGGUUUUUGUCCAACAACUUUUGAACCUUUUUCCAGACUGAGUCUUCCAAUGUCUUAGUUUCAUCUUUCCCAGACGCCUCUAGACGAAAUUUGCUCUGAUCCUCUAAAAUGCACUUCAUUUUUCUCACAUAGUCCUUCCGGUUAAGAAUAACAACUCCAUGGCCUUUGUCAGGCUUAGAAAUUAUUAUUUGUUCAUAACGUUUCAAUGCGGAUAAGGCAGCUAUAUGUUCAUUGGUUAAUGGAGUCCGUUGUGUUACAGGAGUUUUACGGUACUGAUGAGCAAUGUCCACAAAUUUCGCUUUCAACCAGCCGGCAUCGUCAGUAGAUCUGGGUACUAAAUCAGACAGUUGAGAAUUCAAGUCUUCAAACUGAGCCUCAAUUUCACCUGGGUUUAAUCUCCUGUUUGGAAUGCAAAAGUCAAUUCCUAGUGAUAAAGCCUCUGAUUGUAGCUUAUUAAGUUUGAUGUCAGACAGAUUAAGGAUAGUUUCAUCUGUAUUCAGAGGGAAAUAAUCGUCCGUAGACUUUUUGCACAAUGACUUCCUUAGUUUAAAACGGUAUGAGUCUCUUGUCUUCCUUUGUAUGAUACACGCAUGUUUCAUGAACAUUAACCAGCAGAAGAAACUUAUUUUGUCGAGAAUAUGUUUUGUUUGGUCCAAACGAGAUUUGUUUAUGUCGACAGCCUCAACCGAGUCCUCAAUUUUUGAUUGUGCAAGACGGUCCAGAUUUUGCAUGGUAGGACGUAAUUUUCCCCGACGGAGGAUUUUGUAGAACUCCACUGGGUACUCCUUGCUGCUUAUGCAAUUCUGAAGAAAUUCAAUCCGUGUGUUUUCUUUCGUUAUUCUGCAUCGCAAUUGUAGAAGUCUGUCCUGAGACUUAAAAAUAUCCGAGGGGAGGUGCUGUUUCAGAAAUUUGAAGCAUUUUUUCCCUGGUAUGAAUUGAAAACAAGCAUGUACAGCGGAAUUUCUUGGGGCCAAUAAAUUUCGUGACGGCUUUUCAACUGCAGCCAGUCUCUGCAUAACAUAGGUAACGAAUGAAAGCGCACAGCAGUAUGAAUUUGUACAGUCCAUCAACAAGUGCAACGAUCUUCCCACUCCAUACUCCGUGCUGAAACUUCGCCUAGGCGGAGUAACAAGCCAUUCGGGGAGCGCAGAGGUGAACACUUUUCCCAACACCGCGGCCGAUGCGUCAGAUGGUCGAGCAAUCAUCACGCCAACAUCCAACGCACGUGAUGAAAUUGCAGCAAUUAUCGACUCGAAUGUCGGUCAUCAAGCAAUGAUCACACCAAGUGCGACGAUCCCGGAUGAAGGCGGGAGCCGUGAAUGUUCAUAGGUAUGCGGUAGCAUGGCGACUGCAUCCUAUAAAUACUGCAGCUCCUUGUGCAACAAUCACCAGUUUCUGCUUUUUUGUCUCUGAUGAUGGAUUCAAGUAGGAAUCCGAAACGUCAGCCUAAUAAAGCUCUUGUCCCGGCGAUCGUGUCUCCUUCUUCAAUUCAACGUCAGUAUUUCAAGUUCCACCUCCAAAAACAAAAAAAUGGACGUUCGUCACGGAGAAAACCACAACUGUAAAAUCGGAUCAGUCGCGUGAACCACCCCGCACUGCCAUAAUAGAAGUCAGUAACGGAAACUCUCCGGGCAGCUCUGAUGUAAUAUAUCAACAUCCCAUGCUGGGUAGUCCCAAUCGCAGGCCUUGAGUUCUCGUCUUGACCCCAGCUUGUCCACCAAAGCUCCCGCCCCACCCCACACAACCUACCCCCAUCCCCCCACUGAUCUGACUAACAUUUCGCGCUGUUUACAUACCUAACCGUCUUGAGAUCACAGCGCUGACCUCUAAUUGAACAGGUAGGUUUAUAAGUAUGCAAAGACCGGCUGCGCUUGAAAAACGAGUCACAAUUUUUAUGACGUCGAUAAUUUUGCGCGAUUCACCACACGUCUACUUUGUAAAAACGAUGCUUCAAAGUUCAUUUUACGCUUGAGUGAAGCAGAGAAGUCGUCGAAUGACGUCUGAGUUGCAGGGUCAUUCGUGCUAUCCUGAGACUGCAUUUAGGAGAGUUGAGAGAUCAGUUUAAUUUACUAUGAUAUUUGAAGGUUUGUCACACACUGCUCAUGGAGUCCCGCAGAACUCAGUCGCACUUUUGGAUCAUCAUACCGCCACAAAAAUUUGGUACAUAUUUCAACCCGACUGUCAAGCAUUCAGCUUCCAUUAAAUACUCAAUGCAUCCACACCGCUUAAAUGCUCUCUACUCUUCCGGUCAGCAGUUCUCACAAAGAAUGCGAUUUGGUAAAUACCCAACCGCGUCAGCAUGAUCAGGCUGAAAAAUGUCGCCAGAUACGAUAGGGAAAACUAGAGUUAAAUGAACAGACGGCUUUGAUGGUUAAACCCGCACCCGCAAAAGUAAAGCUCAGAGGAAGAAAUAAGUCCAGAUUUCCCACAAACGACGGAGAUGUGCUUCAUGCUGUGCAGUCUCCAAUCAAGUUUGUUGAGUUCCCGCUGUCAUCACAACCUGCUCACCUACAAACCUCGCCCCUCGUACCAGACCCACCCUUCGAAAGGACUGACGUAUCUUUACAGUAGUCAAGACUAGUACACUUUUCAAACGGCCAGAUUCCAAAAUAGGCGCCAAUCAGUAACAGUUCGCAGAUGGAUCACAAAUAUCCGAUACCGUCAAAUGUUUGUCCGCUUUUCACAUCUUCAAUUUUAUCCCGGAAGAGGGCAGUUCGAAGCUCAAACUGCGCUUGUGUGAUGGAGGGAAGUUGUCGACAGGUGUCUGGGUGGCGGAACCAUCCGUGUCAUUCUCAGGCAGCAUUUAGGAGAACUGAGAAAUGAGUCUGAUCUACUGUGGCAGGUGAAGGUGAGUCAGUGGUUGCUCAUGAUGUCCCGCAGCACCUAAAUGCGCUUUUAGGCCAUCGUACCUGGAUAAGAUACUUCAUUAAUGCUUCGAUCCGGCUAUCAAACUCGCAGUAUAUUUCACUGUUGAUACAUUCAUACCGUUUAAAUUACAUUCGUUGUUCUACGGAGUAAUGUGAUCUACUAUGACAGACGGAUCUUAAGCAUAGUCUGCCUAUAAAUGCCUGCGUCGGAGUCAAUAUGUAAUAAUUACAGCUGUACAGAUACCAGAGUGAUUAAGUGAAAAGCAUAUAAAUGUCGCGUAAGUGAAAUCUUAUUACUCAUGCAUGUUUUGAUUAUCGCACUUCAACAUGACCGGCAUCCGUCUAGGUGUAUUUUUUGAACAGAAUGCGGAACUCCCAGCAUGCAUUCUUAUUACUUUGCCAUCAUUAAUUCACUCAGAGAAUGCUGUUUUAUGGAGAAGACAAUCCUUUUUUCAUGAGCCUACGGACCAGGCUGUGACGGUCUGCACGGCGUGGCGACAGCGACCUAACCUCUCCCCAUGCCUGUUGGCUGCCUUUGCGGCAUGUGCCUCAGCCAAUGGCCUGCCGAAACCGUGACGCUGAUCGAUAUUGCAUUCCUCAAUUACUGACAGAGACCGGACAUGGCUGCGGCGCAUGCGCAUACUUCGGAUCAGGGUUGGUAACAUCGAGUGGCAUUCGACCUUGACGCCGAUCAUUCUUCUACUCCUCCUUGAUUGGCUGCAGUCGAACAUGGCUGUGGGGCACGCGCGCGCAAUUCUUCACCUCUUCAAUUUUAUUCCGGAGACGGGCAGUUCUAAACUCAAAUUACGCUUUAGUGAAGACGAGAAGUUGUCAAAUGGUGUCUGGGUGGCGGGACCAUCCUCGUCAUCCUCAGUCAGCACCCACGGGAGCUGAGAAAUGAGUUUGGUUUGCUAUGGCAGGUGAAGGUGAGGCAGCGGUUGCUCAUGAAGUCCCGCAGCGCCUAGAUGCACUUCUAGGCUAUCGUAUCUGGGAUAGAUUAAAUGUGUUUUCUUGCCAGAUGAUUCAUCCAGCGACUCCCAUUUAACCGUUUGCAGCCAAAACUGCCGCACAUUUAAUGCAAACUGCUUUAUUCAACUGCAAAAAAUGAGUUUAUAUUCACAUAAAAAUGAUCUUCAAAUCAGAAGCAAAUAAAUGCUGAGCCACAGCCAAGUGACCAUCACUUUUUCGUCCAUUCAAGGAGCCGUGCUUCAUGGUACCCGACUUGCUGAGUGCAGAGCAAACAUUAACUUUCGCAGAUUUCCUCUCGCGUCUGCGCAUCUCGUGUUUUUUUCUCGUGGUUUGGCACGGGAAUAUGAACUUCCAUAUCGCAUGUGUCCUUUACUUAAAUUUUGUGGGCGUUAUGGCUAGCGUUAGGGAGGGGGAUAGGGUUAUGGGGUUACUGCCACGAUUAGGAAAAAGUUAGGAAACAUCAAUAGGUACUCCUGCAGUUCGGGGAGGGUUCCGUAUUCCCCUGCCCAACCUUUUCCCAUUUCCACACCCAGUUGACCUUCCUGCAGUUGUCGUGGUUUUCAAAUGACCAACAUUCACCAGGCACAGUCCUCCGCAUUUUUCAUAUCAAAGAAAGCCGUUUAAAGCAUUUGUUUAAGGGAAGAAGAAGAGUCGAGCACCGGAACACUUCGUUUAUUGUCCUGAGCUUUCAGACUCGUACAGGAGUCCAUCGUCAGAGGGAAGAAGAACAGGAACAGCAGUUGCCCUUCCUGGAUGUGCUUGUCAGACGAAACCUUAACGGUGAACUUGAAACGACGGUUUAUAGGAAGGCAACGAACACCACACAACUUCUCAGUUUUCACAGCAACCAUCCGGUGGCUCACAAACGAAGCUGUGUGAACACGCUCUUCAAACGCAUUCAAACUCAUUGCAGCAAACCGGAGGACAGAACACGUGAGGCCCGUUAUCUCCGCGACCAGUUUGUGCAAAAUGGCUAUCCAAGGGCAUUCAUAAGUCGCUGCCUACGCGGUCGCCACCAGAGAACUCGAACAUCAACGCCAACGACGAUAUGCCAUUCUCUGCCAUAUAUCAAGGUUGUUUCGGAAGCGAUCGAGCGCAUUGCUGCGGAGCUAGGUGUUGGAAUUGCCCACCGCCUCAAAGCCACCAUGCGCAACAGGGUCAUGAAAAUCAAAGACCGGUUAAAACCUGAAGAGCAAUCUGGGGUAGUGUAUCGCAUUCCGUGUCAAAAUUGUCCUUGUAACUACACAGGACAGACUGGACGCAUGCUCGGAUAGCGCAUACACGAACAUAAGCUGGCUGUGCGGCGAGGCGACGUAUUAUCACAAGUGGCUGCCCACACCUACGAAACGGGUCACGAGUUUAACUUUGCAGCCACCAAAAUAGUCGCCCACGCCGGAAACAAAACAGUCCGAGAAUUGAUUGAAGCCUAGGCCUCGGAUGAGAACUCGGUCAAUCGAUUUAUCGAUCUGGCGCCGGCGUACAGAGCCCUUCGUAGUCACCUCCAGUCGUGCGACGUCGGUCGAUGAUUGGGCCUACGUGCCUUAUAACUGCCGCUUGUCCUGUUUCUGCCACUACCUCUGACGAUGGACUCCUGUACGAGUCUGAAAGCUAAGGAUAAUAAACGAAGUGUUCCGGUGCUCGACUCUUCUUCAUCACUUAUGCAUCCACCUGGAACUCGAAAUUUCGCCUUCAUUCGUGAAAGCAUUUGUUGUAACGAUAUUAUUCCGAACGUCACCUCCAUCAAAGGACCACUUUGAUAUUGAGAAUUAGGAUAAAAUCCCCUGAAACAGGUAGAUCAUCCGACCACGAGAUCCUGAGGACGUGACAGUUGAGGACACAUCCUAUCUAAUAUGCACACUUCGCAGCAUUCAAAUGCGCCCUCUAAGUCUUAAAUCGCAAACGUCACGUUUAUCACAGCAACAGUGGCUUUCCGAUUCCCAGCCUUCACUUGCUCUCCUUAAGUAGACCAAAAGUGAGUUAGUGUAAAAUCUACUUAUAUGUCGAGCCAAAGUCGGGACAUUUUACGCAUAAUACACCGUAUUCUCCUCACAGUAUUCCACAACGGAACGUUACUCGUGUGACAUUCCACCCUCGCGAUCGACAGCGUGGCCACUUACCCAUGCCGCCUUCAGUCUACCUACCAUCUCCUAUCAAUCGGUUGCUUGAGCCGCGGUGACUUGGCGUCAUCCUGGCGAGGGCUUGAUGCAACCGACGCCGGGUCCUUUGCUGAUUGGCUGCAGUCUGACAAGGCACAGGCGCACGAACGCUCUCCGCAUCGGGACCGACGGCCUCAACGACUGUCAUUGGACUGAAGAGAACGCUCAAUGUAACUGCCUUCUGAACUGCGUGCACGCUCUCUUGCCCCAAAAAAGAUUGCCAGAUUACUAUCUACGCUUAAAUUUGAAUUGGGAAAUCUUGCGCUGUCAAGCCAUUACACAUUGACCCUUCCUCUGAACAUCUAGGACUGCUUGACCGGGAGCUGGGACAAUGGCCGAGAAUAUCGUUUUUAUACGCAAUUACCUUACCAAGGGAAUCCGUGCAUUUAGUUAAAUGAUCUCCCUCUGGAAAGACUUAAGUGAAUUCUGCCGGCUUUUCGCUAAUCGCUUAAGAUCAUUUGGGUGAGCCUACGCGUGCUUUCGAUAAACUUUCAUGGGGCGAGUAUAUUUAUAUGGGAGUGGGGUACAGAGUAAAAGGUGUGAGGGAUAGGAGAAAUCGAUUACGAUUCGUCUUUUCAUACAAGUGGAGUGUGUGGAUAGGGGUUGGGGAGAGGCGGCAGUAAGUGGCAGCGGGGCUAGGUAGCUCCGUGUGAAAUGAGAAGGGGGGAGGGAAAGGGGGCGCAGGGACAUGCAUGUAAUUAAUCGAUCUUUGGCCACGGCAGACACAGAGCGUGUAAGGACGUUCGACCGUCGCAACUGACGAAAUCCAUCGAGGUCCCCACCGAGUGGGCGUAGCAUCGGUGACUUGUGCGUAGAUGAGCUUAUGGUGUUAGCAGACUUGUGCAGCAUCUACCGCACUCUAUUUUCCCCUUAACCCAUCUGAGUCCGGUAUCAAGACAGAGCCAGAAAUUGUAUCGGGUUCAGUGGUUGACAAGGCUAGAAAACCCGACUAGUCCUAUCACAGAUGGCUGGUCUGCGCACGAUGGACCAGGUUGCGCAGGUUGGAGAGAAAAGGCGCAGAUCCUGAUCGAUUGGGAGUGUUGAAGAGGCCACAUUAAGAAGGAGCCAUUGCUGCCUGACUGGCCGUCCUGAGCUGACUGAGAAAUCCUGUAAGUUGUAGCCUUCCCGGCCUUGACCAGUCAUGGAUAAAAGGUGUUCAAAGGUACUUCAGCGGGUUUAAAUUUUCAUAACCUCUGUUAUACGAAUGAAAUCAUUACUUGGUAAAUUCCAUGUGAAAAUUCACCUGUUGAAGCAUUUUAUACUAAAGUCUUAUCUUUUUAGUUACUUUAUUUCUUUGUUCAUGUGAGGUGAUUGACAACACGAAGUGUCCCAAUUUAGUGGUCAUGACGACACCUGACUGGACAACCUUUAUCGCUCAGAGGGCAGUGUUAAGAACUACCCAGUCGAGUCAGAUGUCAUUUGAUAUUGCCAACCCUGGUGCGAAGUGCGCGCGCGUGCGCCACAGCCAUGUUCGACUGCAGCCAACCAAUAAGGAGUAGAAGAAUGAUCGGCGUCAAGGUCGAAUGCCACUCGAUGUUACCAACCCUGAUCCGAAGUAUGCGCGUGCGCCGCAGCCAUGUCCGGCCGCUGUCAAUAAUUGAGGAAUGCAAUAUCGAUCGGCGUCACGGUUUCGGCGGGCCAUUGGCUGAGGCACAGGCCGCAAAUGUUAGGUCGCUGUCGCCACGCAGUGCAGACCGUCACAGUCUGGUCCGUAGGCUCAUGAAAAAAUGAUCGUCUUCUCCACAAAACAGCAUUCUCUGAGUGCAUUAAUGAUGGCAAAGUAAUAAGAAUGCAUGAAAUAUAAAAUGCAUACUGGGAGUUCCGCAUUCUGUUCGAAAAAUGCACCUAAGCUGAUGCCGGUCAUGUUGACGUGCGAUAACUAAAACAUGCAUGAGUAAUAAGAUUUCACCUACGCGACAUUUAUAUGCUUUUCACUUAAUCACUCUGGUAUCUGUACAGCUGUAAUUAUUACAUAUUGACUCCGAUGCAGGCAUUCAUAAGCAGACUGCUUAAGAUCCGUUGCUCCGUAGAACAACGAAUGCAAUUUAAACGGUAUGAAUUCUUCAAUAGUGAAAUGUACUCAGGGUUUUAUAGCUGGAUCGAAGCACAAAUCAGUUAAGUUAUCCAGGUACGAUAGCCUAGAAGUGCAUCUUGGCGCUGCGGGACUUCAUGAGCAAUCGCUGCCUCACCUUCACCUGCCAUAGUAGAUCAGACUCAUUUCUCAGCUCUCCUAAAUGCUGCCUGAGAAUGACGAGGAUGGUCCCGCCACCCAGACACCAUCUGACAACUUCCCUCCAUCACACAAGCGCAAUUUGAACUUACAACUGCCCUAUUCCGAGAUAACACUGAAUAGGUGAAUAGUGUCUAAACAUUUGACGGUAUCGGAUAUUUGUGAUCCAUCUGCGAACUGUUACUGAUUGGUGCCUAGUUUGGAAUCUGGCUGCUCAAAUUUUAUACCAUUCUGGCAUACUGUUAGAGUGGGUUUGUCAUUUCUCUGUUCAUUCAUUACUCAAGCGUAAAUCGAGCUACAUUUUUAACCGAAAUAGACAGUGGGUCCUCGAAGGUCAUGUGCACUUCAGAGCUGUCGACGUGGCCUCUGCAGGCAGGACCCCUUAAUGGCAUGAAAACAGAGGUGCCUGGAGAUUUUCCGCUGCUGACUUCUAUCAUGACAGUGUGGUAUGGAUCACGUGACCGAUCUGAUCUUAGAGUUGUGAUUUUCUCCGUAACGAACGUCCAGUUAUUGUUGUUGGAGCGUGGGACUUGAAGUGCUGACGUCGAAUCCAUGUGGGUGCAUUGUGUAUUAGAGGCUUCGUCAUGUGCUUCUUUGUGUCCUACUCUCUCCAUUUAGUAGUCAAAAAUGGCUAAACUGUUGAUGGUGUCGUAAUUUUGUGAUCGAUUUUCUCACUGGAACUGAUGAUUUCUUUGUCUAGAAUAUGACUGUUCGAAAAGACACUAGCUUAGACUGCUGAAGGAUAAAGGUAAGUAGAUCGCAGACGAUGUCAGUCAUUUCUAGGAAUGGAUCCCGUUCGGGGGUUAAUGUCAUAAGUUAGCGGGUUGGGAUCGCAGCGUAACUUUGCAAAACGUGAUUGGGGACUGCACAGCAUGAAAUACCUCUUCGUCACUAGGACGGAAUCCGGACUUAUCUGUGUCGUUGACCCUAGCUUCUUUUCGUAUCAUCUCGGGUGCUGAAUAGGUUUACGUGUGCUAAAAGCUUGUUAAAAUCAUAUAUUUAAACGCUGCCAUUAUUGCCACCCUGACCUAUUGUCUAUUAGAAGCUUUGUCAUGAAGCUCCGCCCUCAGCAGCCAAGCUAGCACAUGUUCAGCUGCCCGAGUCUUGAACGCGAAUCCACAGGUGUCGAGGACACUCCAGUGCUGCCCACACGGUCUGCAAAGGGAGGACGGUCUUGCUGCAGUAGCCAGCGUGGAGUAUAGGAAUAGCAGGUUAGAUGACAUGAUACAUGACUGUUCAGUCCUGAAGCAGGGCCGUCGCUUGCCCAUGUUUGACGCAGUCUCAUGCCUUUAACGGACCUCUGGACACCGACACAUCUCUUUGGUUUUCUUCUCUAGGCAAGCAGAAUAGAUAGUCACAGGCCUUUUGACAGAAAAUUCUGUUGGAUUUUCUUAUGUAGAGUGUUGGUGUAUGUGACAGUUCGACCAUCGAUUUCGAUGAUGUCCACCGUGUGCCCCCCACAGCAGGUUGGAGCAGGGACGGUGACUUGCGCAGGGGUUUAUAGUGCCAGUAGACUUGCGUAGCAUCUACCUACACUCUCUCCACCUCCCUCGCCCGAGCUCGGUGUCAAGACAGAGUCAAGAAGACCGGAGACGAGGGAGGCCGCAGGUGGAUGGCUCGGACGGAUCCUCACCUUGGCGUUCCACCACACCCCCUGGUCCACACAACAAUAACCAGGAUUUCAACCAACACAACAAGGAUUUGGAGGCUGGCACGGCCGAAGCCGCACCUAGGCGUGCCGCCAACGCCUGGCUCGGAUCCCACACUGUGGUGGGAGUGCCAUAAAGGCCACAUUAAAAAGGAGCCAUUGCAGCCUGACUCUCAGACCGCCUCCCGUUAAGGAGGAGGUCCAAGGUACCCCGUCAGUUGGCAACCUUCCGAGCCACGGCUUUUAGCGCACCGUGAUAGCUUCAAGCGCAUCAGAUUGAUUAUAGUGAGGAAAAAGUGCGCUGAGUCGUCUACCUCACUCUCCCUUCCCAUUCCCACACCCCAGCCGCCGUCCGAGCCGGUCGGCAAACUGGAGUGGUGGAUGGGCGCGGUGGCUGCCACGGUCGACUGACCGUGACUGCGCGCGCCACAGCACGACCUGGCCCCCCAUACACACACAAACACCAGGAUUUCACACAACGGGGGUUGAACGGCGUGUCUCUCACUUGCGUGAGAGGGCCGUGGAAGGUGCUGCUUCAGCCCGUUCCCAGCCCACCAGUCCGCCACUCCACACAGCACACAAACACAACGCGACGAACUGCGUGAACCGAGAGCGGGCUUCAAUCAGCAACCUUCCUAUCCACGACACUUGAAGUGUCGGGAUAGUCUCGGACUCAAAUCACCCGUACAGCCGAAGCCGCGUGGGAACCGAGUCGAGAUGCACACUGCCCACUUGCGUGGAAGGUGGCAGUUGGUGCAUGCGGUGGGUAAGUGUUGAUGUGUGUUGGUGAUGGUGGAGGAGGGUAGGGAGUGUGUGGAUGUGUGGUGUAACCGGCGGUUGUCUACCGCAGGUCGUCGUGGAUGCGCAUGUGGCCGAAUAGGCCCAUGCGGUGCCUGAAAGUGCGAGGACAGUGUGGGCAGUUGAGACGAGCUUGGUGGUUGGUGUACGUACAUCGAUAGGAGCUGCCUGUUCCCAUGAGCCAGCCCACACCGCUGCAGUGGCGGUCAGUGACAGAAACUGUAUGUCUAUUUGUCAUCGUCAGUUGCUGUUUGUGGUGCAGACGGAGGCCGACCGGACUCCAUGUCACGGAGGGUUUUGCAAAAGUCCAAUCUCUUAGCUUAUUUAACUAAGCGUAGUUAAUAACAGCUCACAAGUGGGUUUAUCCGAGAGACGGCUGGAGGUUUGGCAUCGAGCUACGGUCAGAGUUAGCGCUAGUAUUAGGUGUAUUGUUAUUUGUAGAGCUGUUGUUGCCAUGUCGGGGCUGUGCGUCAGAUUUGGAGUUGAGACUAGGGUAGCAGUUUUUAGCUUAGGGUUGAAAUUAGGGGUAGGAGUUAGGGUAAGACGUUUAGGCUUAGGGGUUAACGCUUACGUCCAGAUUUGGAGCUUUAAGGCAUGGAUUGAGAUUUCGUUUACGUUGGAGGUUAGCUUAAAUAUUUACCGUUUGAAUGUUAAGCUUAACCAUUGCAGGUUAUGUUGCGGUUGGCGUUAGUGUUGUAGUUAACUACGGUCUUUCCAGUGUGGUUACUAACUAUACACUUGUCCAGAUCACACCCGGCAAGUGUUAAGUAUAUGCGCGGGGUGAGGAGAUGCUGUUUUUCAACACAUCCAACUGCGCUUUAUCAUACUCGCUUCACUGGCGGGCGUAUUCAUUGAAAGUCUUCGUUUUACAACCUGACUGCUCCACGUUCCGAACGUAUUUCCUAAAAAUUAGCUUCCGCCUUGCUAAAUAAUUGCGUGUGGGGGUGCAAGACAAUGUACCAGUGUAGAGAUUUCAGUAGCACCGACUCCUCGGUGCGGUACAGGUUAGCGAAUUUUAUUCUGCCGACGAAGGACCGACUAAAAUCUCCACCGACCAUUGCCAAAUCUUUUAAAAUAUGACAGGCAGUUCUCUGUAGUUUUUCCCUACCCCGCGCACAUACUUAACCCUCACUUCGCAUCCAUUACUGUGAAAGGACUACGUCUGUUUGAACUACUGUGUGGUAGCUCGAGUCAUAACUCAGGACGCCAAUUCUGAGAAGGUGGUAUGCAUGUUAGGGUUGUGAGGAAGCGUUCUGCUGGUUAAACCUUCGGACAAGAGGUAUGCAUUAUCCUGUGGCCGAGGUCGCAACCCUUCGGCUAAGCAAGUCUGCCAGGGAAUUACCAACUAACGGUGCUCAAUUGUAGCCCAGCCGCAAAUUUUGUCCCCGAGGGAGACCAAGUGAGGAGUGGAAUUUCCAGCAGUGGGAGCAAGAGGUUGUGGUGAGGGAGAAGCCAAGUUAGGCGCAACGAGAACUCUGCAAUCACUGAUCAUCUAGCUUUCGGAUUGGUUGGUUACUGGGUUUGGUCCUCCGUAAUGAACAGUAGUUCCAACUAUUUGAGACACCCGACGGUUAAUAGCGCUAUGCCUCAAAAGGUUCCUUUAACUAUCGCCCAGGGGUUUCAGAAUGCGCAAACUGGAAGCGGACUUUUUACUCAGAAGAUGAUGCAAGCCGUUUGACUGGUUAAUGCCCACCUGGCACGAGGUUGAUGGCUCGCUCAGGUUUUUUUGGAUCACGUAGUGAAGGUUAUUUGGUGCGUGUGCAGUUAGCCUAAGACGGUCUGUUCAGUCUGGUGAAAGCGUCCCAAUCCCCUCUUGUCAAGUGACUGUUUGCGUCGCGUGUGACUCAGCCUUCGGCCUGCCGACACUGUUACGCUCUUCGAUAUUUUGUUCUUCCCUGAUUGGUCGCAGCCACAGGCACGCGCACGCGCGCACCUCAGGCCGGGACUGAUAUCAGAGGUUGGCUCUUACUUUUUUUGAACUUUUGCUCUCACUGCCUUCUGAGUCGAUCACACUCUUUCCGCCAGCGUUUCGGCUGUCCUACGAAGUAACUCUGUCUCCCUGACCUCUGAUUUGGGAAAAUUCCCUCUGACAAAAUCCCCAUAAAGGGUGGCAGUCCGCUCACUUGAUCGCCGCCGCUUUGCCAUACUGUCCUUCUGUCUGUCACACGCUCCCUGUCGAUUCGCUGCUGGGGCCGCGCGAGGCUUGUCAGUAGCCUCGCGAGAGCUCGAAGGCAACCAACGCUGCACCUUCGCUGAUUGGCUAGAGGCGGUCACAGCUCUGACAGCGCAGAGAUGCACACGUACGAUGGGGGCCUAAAACCUCGACGGCGGACCCGACAAAAACAACAUGCCUAAAGGGACAGUUUGCGGCAACUGGUUGACGAACCCCCUAUACACUCUUUCACAACAGUAAAGCUUGCCCAACCCGAUCUGUCCUCCCUGGCUUUUGGUUCGGGAAUCUUCAGGUCAGUAAUCGGGAACUCUCGCGUCACCCCCCUCCCCCGAUCACGAUAGGCAGGUCUAAGUUUCAUCGAAGCUAAGCCGUUCAGCGGUACUCAAACAGCUCUUAAUUCUUUUAGUUUCUUUCGUUCAUACUGAUCUGAAUUAGCAAAUUUAGAAAGUUGACGAUAGGAUAAGCGAACAUACUGACAUUGUUGGAUUGCCUGAAAGCCAAUUCCGUAGAAUUUGGAAAAUUAAGUAACACAGUUGAUAGAACAUGGGAUGUGACUCAGCGCACUAAGCUAGAUCAGCAACUGAACCCACACUCAAACAUAAGGUAUUCUUUGCCCAGGGUUGGUACUUGGACAUACACAGUAGGUGGGCUGACUCAUGAAAUGUCAACCGAAGUUCCAAAAUACGACUUCGUUUCGAAAAGAUUAAGUAAUCUGGGUUGUAGGACUGAUCAUCGUGCAGCGUAAUGCUAUACUAAUUCAGUUAUCCCGGGGUGCCGGUUUUCAAACAAACUUCUUUCCGGCUGCAUGCAAAAAUUAUGCUCUGCAAAAGAUGGCUACUUAUAUGGCAUGCAUUUUUUUCAUUGAUUUUUGAUGCUCUUAAAGAUUCCAUUAUAUUUCAUGGAAAACAUGCAUAAAAACAUUAAUUCUUUUGCUCAUUUGGUAGAAACUGGCGUCUUCUUCCAAUUUUAUACUCGAAGGAAGGGUGUAAUUUGGUUUUCAAAAUAUUUUCCGAUUCCCGAAUAAUUUUGAACCCGACCUGCUGUUUCACUUGCAUUCCGGGUCUCAAAACUACAAGCCGUAUAUUUUUCGCGUACGGAAAACCAUGCAUUUUCCUCUGUGGUAUUAAGAGGAAACCACAUGGGGUUCGUAAAAUCUAGCAGUAGAUACGAGCCAUGUUGUUAGCUUUACAAGCCACAUUGGUAAAUGCAGAGACGUGACGUUUUAUGAACGGCCAUUUCAUGGUAUUAAAAAAUCUCACAAUUGGAAACUUUUUUAAAACCGAAUUAUGAUCAGAUCAUAUCAGAUUUAUUAAGGGAAUGGUAGGCGACCGCAUUUGAACUCCCUUUUUAUUACAAUAACGUCAUAAAGAACAAUGUGUAAGGCAAGUGUCAAAGAAAAGUAGGUAAGUAAGUAAAUACAACAAGUAUUGAUUACUGGAUGCAAAAAACGUCAUUUAGCCAUUAAAGCCGUGCCAGUCGGGCACUAACCGGUCAAACGGCUGAUAUCAUCUUUUGGGUAAAAAGUCCGCUUCCAUGGCGAUAGGUAAAGGAAUCUUUGGAUGCAUAGCGCCAUUUACCGUCGAGUAUGUCAAAUAGCUGACACUACUGUUCAUUACGGAGGACCAAAACCAGUAACCAACCAAUCCGAAAUCUAGAUGAAAUCCCCCUUUUUAGUGAAAUCAGGAUUUGAUGACUACAGACACUUGUUCAGUUGUCGACAGUUGCAUGACGUGAAUACCAAAUGAACGACGCAUUUGGAGUUUGAAUCUACCGAGGCGGUCUAGACGGAAAACCAGUAGGUCGUCAUUCGAUGUCCACCGUCUAAUUUAAGCGGGUAGGCAACAUCAGGCAGCGAAGACAAGAUGAGGUAUGUAAGUCUUGUGAUGCAAAAAUUGACAGAGUUACGACAGGCUCUAUUUGUUUGCACACGUCCAGUUUAAGUAUAGAGGUGUAAACUACCUCCAAGGGUAUCAUUUUAUGAGCUGUUAGAGCAGAGCCGACGCCUAGAAAACGAUAAUUUGCGUAAACAGAGUAUCUGACGUAUAGGAAGUUUUUCGCGGUGGAGGGGCCCAGAUUUUGUUCUCCGAAUUUAAUGAUCUUAUGAACGUGCAGCCAGAUUACAGGACUGUUGAUGGCCUUUUAGUCGCGCAACUGAACACCGUAAUGUUCAAUUCAGGUUUUCAUCCGACUGACUGGCCUCCUUUAAAAAAACACACGUCAGACACCUACAUACUUCAGUCGUCGAGACAGCCCAGUAAAACUGAAGUGCUCUGUUCUCAGAAGACAGAACUAAAAGCUAAUAUGGACUUGCACCGAGACGGCAGAAAACCCUUACAUGUGGCGGAAGAGGAGAACUUGCUUUUUCAUCAGUCAUAACUGGCGAUCCUUGCCCUCAUAUUCUGCUACUUUAUACCUUGGCCUGACGAAUGAAGUAAUUUUUCGAAUGAGCAUUUUUGUAGCCGAAAACGGGUGAAGGGCGAGAGGAGAAGAAGAAGAAGAAGAGGAAGAAGAAGAAGGAGGAGGAGGAGAAGGAGAAGGAGAAGGAGGAGGAGGAGAAGGAGGAGGAGGAGGAGGAGGAGGAGGAGGGAAAGAGUAUUUUGUCUUGUGUUUUAGCUUCGACAGCAUGUUAA